UUAUCCACUGGAGCCCGGUAUUUCAUAGCAUUUCCCAGGAGCCUGGCAAGUUUGCCCUUUUUUACGAAUUUUCAGUAGUUUAAGUCCUUCCUCAUUUUCUUGAAAUUUCUCAAUUCCUCAGAUUGGUCAUGAUUUAAAUAUGAAUGCAAGCAAUUGAAGAUGCUAUUCGAGCAACAGGCAUUUUUGCUUCGUCUGAAUAAUCUUCGGAUUAUUUACAAGAGAAAAUUUCACGUUCAAAAUAAACGUCAAGAAACACAAGACAGUGCUACCUAUUCCACAGGUGCUGAAGUUCCUAUUUUCUGCAAUGUUUGCUGCAAAGGGCCUUGUGUUUCAUUCCUAGCUCUCUAAUUUGAUCGGUAGACUCUCCCGUUUUCAGUAGCCAUGACGCUAACGACUGCGCAUGCGCUUACUGAGCCAAUGAGGCCAUCACACGACAAGCGACUGCCACGUUCGCCGCCGGAGCCGGCUUUUCGGAGAUUCUCGUCGGGCGAUCUUCCCAUUUCACCGCUUGGCACAAGUUUGAUCGGAAGGGGGCUUGCAGUGUUUUCAUCAUGAGGUUGAUUCUGUCACUGUGCGUUUUGUUCGUGUCUGCAUAUGCAGCGAUCGAGGAAGACGAAGGAGUGUUGGUUCUUACCAACGACAACUUCGACGAAGCGAUCAGUGGUCAUGAGUUCAUUCUUGUGGAAUUCUACGCCCCGUGGUGUGGACACUGCAAAGCCCUCGCCCCCGAGUACGCCAAGGCGGCCCAGGCGCUGGCCAAGGAGGAGUCAAACGUGAAGCUGGCCAAGCUGGACGCCACCGUGCACGACAAGGUGGCGCAGAAGUUCGGUGUGCGCGGCUACCCCACCCUCAAGUUCUUCCGCAACGGCAAGGACAGCGAGUACGGCGGCGGACGCACAAAGGACGAGAUCGUCAACUGGCUGAAGAAGAAGACUGGCCCGCCGGCGACCAACGUUGAGACUGUCGAGGCCGCUGAGAAGGCCAUCGAGGGCAAGGACGUCGUCAUCGUCGGCUUCUUCAAGGACCAGGAGAGCAAGGAUGCCAAGGCUUUCCUCAGCUUCGCCGGCGGCGUCGACGACUACCCCUUCGUCAUCAGCUCUGCCGACGAUGUCAUCAGCAAGUACGAGGCGGCCGACGGCAAGGUCGUCAUGAUCAAGACCUUCGACGAGAAGCGUCAUGAGCUUGAGGGAGACAUCAACGAUGACAACCUGAAGGCCUUCAUCGCCAAGUACUCUCUGCCCCUGGUGGUUGAGUUCAACCAGGAGACCGCUCAGAAGAUCUUCGGCGGCGAGAUCAAGGCGCACCUGCUGAUGUUCCUGAGCAAGAAGUCUGAAGAUUUCGCCAAGCACACAGAGGCCGCCUCCGCUGUGGCUAAGGAGCAGCGCGGAAAGAUUCUGGUCGUCUCCAUCGACACGGACGAGGAGGAUCACGCCCGCAUCAUGGAGUUCUUCGGCAUGAAGGCCGAGGAAGUGCCCGCCCUGCGCAUCAUCAAGAUGGAGGAAGACAUGACCAAGUACAAGCCGGAGAAGACCGGUCUUGAGGAGGCCACCAUUCGCUCCUUCGUGGAGGACUUCCUGGCUGACAAGCUGAAGCAGCACCUGCUGAGCCAGGACCUGCCAGAGGACUGGGAUAAGGCCGGCGUCAAGGUGCUCGUCUCCAGCAACUUCGACGAGGUGGCGCUGGACAAGACGAAGGACGUGCUGGUCGAGUUCUACGCGCCGUGGUGCGGACACUGCAAGCAGCUGGUGCCCAUCUAUGACGAGCUGGGUGAGAAGUACAAGGACUCUGAGACGGUGGUAAUUGCCAAGAUGGACGCCACUGCUAACGAGCUGGAGCACACCAAGAUUCAGAGCUUCCCCACCAUCAAACUGUGGAAGAAGGAGACCAACGAGGUCGUAGACUACAACGGCGAGCGAACUCUGGACGGAUUCACUAAGUUCCUCGAGGGCAAACAAGAAGAGGAGGGCGAGGAGGAGGAGGAAGAAGAGGAAGAGGAUGAGGGAAAGCACGACGAGUUGUAGAUCUCCUUCAGCCGCGUGAGGCCGCCUGUGAGAGCGGCCUUCUUUCCUUUCUUCCCGGAAAGCUGCGUACGCCAGCCGCAAAAGGCCUAUUUUUGAUACGUUGGCUGGCAGCCCGGUCCGCGGCCACUGGACGUGGUCUGCUAAAGAGUGGGGGCAGGGACUGGGGACGUGAAUUUGAUCUGUGCAACGUUCAUUAUGGGGGUGGUCUCGUCCACCAGUGACACAGGGCAUAUUUUGUAACAGAGUGAGAGAAAGAGAGACUGCUGGUUUUUUGUUUUGCACCGCUGGUUGCUUGUUGUCUACUUCCGUUGGCGGGCCCUUUCCACAGAGUUUUUACACGCGCAUGCGUAGAAUUCCGGUGUCUGUGACUGCGGCGUCGGUGGUUUUAUUCGUGUUGUGUGUAGAAUAUUUAUGAGACGGGCCGCUGUGCGGCGGAUGUCUGGUUGAGGGCGUCUGAUACGACCCCGUCGAGUCACAACUCGGCCGAUAAAUCCCCAUGGGCUCCCUGUCCGCGGAGUGAAAUUUAUACCAUCGUUCGGUGCGGAUUUACACUAAAUGUGCAGUUCGUCUUUCAAAUUCUGCGCCGGCGUCGCCGCCCGCCGCGGCUGCCCCGCGCGGGAAUUCCUUCACCGGGUGAAGCGAUUUCUUGUGUUUGUGAAGAGAUUCCGUCACGUGGAGAGGGUUUUUGGUGCGUGGCAGCGCGCGCGGCGGACGGCAGUGCCGGCGGGCGCUCGUUUGGGUGAACCUGCACGGUGCGAUGGGUGACCAGAUGUUUUCCGAACUCCUGUUGGCUCAGCGACGAAUACAUGGCGACUAAAGGUGAA